AAUUGAAUGAGGCCAUUUUGAACUAUAUAUGGAAAAGGAGGGCAACGUACUCUGGUAUACUGAUACUGUUGAAUUGAAUAGUAGUAGUGUAGCAAGGGGCAUGGCUUUGGUGGAGAGGGUUCAAGUUCGAAUUCCUCUCCUGUUAUUAUUAACACUAACACCAACGGCUGUAGCUGUAGGCUUUCGGUGUUGGGAAAGGACCACGUGUCCAGCGUUGCUUGGUUACAAGUCACCAGUCCCAACCACCAUAGGGGCCAUUCAGAGACUCUUCAACGUCACUGGCGUCGCAGACAUUCUCGCCGCUAACAACCUCCCUGAGUGGACCCUACCAAACAAUUUCACGGUGGAGGAGAAUCGCCUUUUACGGAUUCCCUUGGAGUGCGAUUGCAGUGGGCCUGGGUUGUACGGAGAGCCCUCUAACCCCCUCGUUUACACUGUGCGGAAGGGUGACAAUAUUUCUUAUCUAGCAACCACUGUGUUCUCCGGUUUGGUGGCUUCAACGGAUAUCCAACAUGGGAACAACGUGACCAAUUUAAGGACGGGACAAGAACUGCGAGUGCCACUACCUUGUAGCUGUGGGAAGGUCAACGGGCUUGACGUUCUCCAUUUUGGAUUGACGCUGGAAUACGGGAGCACUACCUUGGAACAGAUAGCUCAUGAGUACCAUGUCUCUUCACAAACCAUUACAACUUCCAACCAACCUCAUCUUAUGUUUGGUCGGGCUUUGGAUAUUCCACUCCCAGUUUGUUCCUCGAUGGUCAGAAAAGACUCUUUGGACCACCCUUUACUUGUUCCAAAUGGUUCUUAUGUCUACACCGCAAAUGGCUGUGUGAAAUGCUACUGUGAUGCUACCAAAAAUUGGAAAUUAACAUGUGAGCCAUCCAAGCUUAGACCAACUAAUUGGUCUACUUGCCCAUCCAUGAAAUGUGACAGUUCAAUUUCAAGCAACAUGUAUAUUGGUGACACCACAUAUUCAAGUUCUCACAAUCUUGCAAUUUGUGCCUACGCUGGUUAUGGAACUCAAACUAUCUUCACUACUCUAACAGCAGUGUAUAUUCCUCCUGGUUUAGUGCACGCGCAUCACACGAAAAGCAGAUGGUGGGCCUGGCUUAUUGUGAUAGCAGGAGUUUUUGUUGUACUUAUAUUCGGCUACUUGUGCUGCAUCAUCUGGAGAAAAUGCAAAAUAGAAGCUGACAGAAAAAAGAAGCAGAAGGAACUACUAUUAGAAAUUGGAGUCAGUUCUGUGGCUUGCAUUGUGUAUCACAAAACAAAAAGACACAGAAAACGUAGCAAGGUCAACUAUGAAAUGCAAAUAUUUAGCUUUCCAAUCAUUGCUGCUGCAACAGGCAACUUUUCAGUUGCAAACAAGUUAGGGCAGGGUGGUUUUGGACCAGUUUACAAGGGAGUACUUCCUGAUGGACAAGAAAUAGCAAUAAAGAGACUUUCUAGUAGAUCGGGGCAAGGGUUGGUGGAGUUUAAGAAUGAGGCUGAACUGGUAGCAAAAUUGCAGCAUACUAAUCUUGUAAGGCUUUCGGGGCUCUGCAUACAAAAUGAAGAAAACAUAUUAAUCUACGAGUACUUGCCCAACAAAAGUUUAGACUUUCAUCUCUUUGAUUCUAAAAGAAGGGAAAAAAUAGUUUGGGAGAAAAGAUUCAACAUCAUUGAAGGUAUAGCUCAUGGGUUGAUUUAUCUUCAUCAUUUUUCAAGAUUAAAAGUGAUUCACCGCGAUUUGAAGGCAGGUAACAUAUUACUUGAUUAUGAAAUGAACCCAAAAAUUAGUGAUUUUGGCAUGGCAGUAAUAUUGGAUUCAGAAGUAGUAGAAGUGAAAACAAAAAGAGUUGUUGGAACAUAUGGUUACAUGUCUCCUGAGUACGUCAUAAAAGGCAUUAUCUCAACAAAGACUGAUGUGUUUAGCUAUGGAGUCCUAGUGCUUGAGAUUGUAAGUGGGAAGAAAAAUAAUUCUCGCUAUCAGGCUGAUUACCCCCUCAACCUUAUUGGAUUUGCAUGGCAACUAUGGAAUGAAGGUAAAGGUGUUGAGUUGAUAGAUUCAUCAAUGCUUGAAUCAUGCCGGACAGCUGAAGUAUUGCGAUGCACUCAGGUUGCCCUGUUAUGUGUACAGGCCAAUGCAGCAGAUAGACCAAGCAUGUUAGAAGUUUAUUCAAUGCUUGCAAAUGAAACUCUCUUCCUCCCUGUCCCUAAACAGCCUGCAUAUUUUACUGACGCAUGUGCAAAUGAAAAGAAUGCAUUAGUAGGAAACGGAAAAUCUUAUUCUACAAAUGAAGUGACAAUUUCAAUGAUGGAUGCGAGAUAAUAGUACUUUUCAAGCAUCCUUAUGUAAAUUGAAUGAACACAAAACACGAGCUUUCCUCGUAUGAUUAAUGAAUGAUUCCCAAUUUCAUAAGUU